AACAAGAGACGAGAACCACCCACGGCCUCUUAUUGAUCCUCUUAAAAUCAUCAUUCCUUUAUUUCCCCAUCCUAACAACUUUUCUUCAGAAUCUUCCCAAUACCUUGGUUCUAUAUCCCAAAUCCCAUAAAAGACAUAAAAAUAGAAAAAUCAGAAAAAAAAACAGAAGUUAGAAAAGACAAGAAGAGUUCAUCUGGGGAGCAGGUGAGCAAGAAGCUGCCACCGCCUCACCGGAAUCCACCGUCAUCGCCGUCAAAUCAUCACCGGAAAAGCACUGCCUCUACGAAAACUUGAGCCAAAGGAAUCGAACUGGUGAAUUUCUGUAUGCAUGUGAGAAGGACUCCGACCAGUCCAAAGCUGGUCUAAGCCCGUGAGUGUCGCCAGAAAGCUAAGAGAGACGGUUUAUGAAAUUUUUUAUUUCCUUUUCCCUUUAUUUUUGCUGUUUCUUGGCAUUUUUAUGUAUGUUAGUGUCUGAUUGUGAGUGGGAUUGUCUAUGUAAGAGUGCUGUUCUUUUUUUUUUUUGGGACUGGCCGGAGCUGAAGUUUCCGGCAUUUCUCGUUGAAGAGGAAGCCACGAAGUAGCAGCCAAGGGCCUGUUUCGUUUCAUCGUUUGGAGAAGAUGACAGGUUUAUGGAACUGCAGCAUAAGUCUCCCACUUUUCCCUUUCUUUUGGUCUACGGCUGUUGUCCAAGGUGCCUUCAAGGUCUAAACAGGCUUCCUCCUCCAUUAGUACCAUGUCUCUGAGCAACUUUUCACUUUCAUUGCAAACCCACUUGCUCCAUUGCAUCGCUGCUCCCUUCUCCUCCUCCUACGAACCCUUCUUUUUCUUCCCCGCACCUUCUUCCUUUUAACUCUACUCUCCGCCACCACUGCUGCCACCUCCUUAUCCUCCUCCUCCUCCUCCUUUUUCUUAUCCUCAAAAUCUACUGUGUAGAAGAGCUAGUCAGAGAAAAAUGGGAGGAAAGAGAAAGGACUUCACCACCACCACCAGUGUCCAGGGUACCGAGGACGGAGGCGAGCAAAAGGUAAAGAAGAAAAAGGAGAAACUAGCGGUGGAUGGAUUGCUUCCGUCAACAAUAAAGAAUAAGGAGAAGAGGUCUGCUGUCCACGCCAAGCUUAAGCACCAGAAAAGGCUUGAGAAACGUAAGAGAGCCAAGGCUCGUGAAGCGGCUGAGCAGAGAGCUCUUGAGCUUGGCGAGGAGCCUCCUCCGAAGAAAAUCCCUCGCACAAUUGAAAAUACCAGAGAGCUUGACGAAACUAUUUGCAAGCCUGAUGAUGAAGAGCUAUUUGCUACAAAUUAUGCAGAUGAAUUUAGUGCGAUUCUGAAGCAGGACCGCCCUCCAAAGAUACUCAUAACAACUUGCCGCUUCAAUUCAACUAGGGGACCUGCUUUUAUAUCAGAUCUACUCUCUGUGAUCCCAAAUGCACACUAUUUCAAGAGAGGAACCUAUGAUCUUAAAAAGAUUGUGGAAUAUGCAAAAAAUAAGGAAUUCACUUCUGUUAUUGUUGUCCACACUAAUCGCCGGGAACCAGAUGCUCUAUUGAUAAUUGCAUUACCUGAUGGACCUACUGCCCAUUUCAAACUAUCAAAGCUUCUUCUGCGCAAGGAUAUCAAGAAUCAUGGGAAUCCAACUAGUCACAAACCUGAGCUAGUCUUGAAUAACUUCACAACACGCUUGGGACACCGUAUCGGGAGGUUGAUACAAUCGCUUUUCCCACAAGAUCCCAAUUUUCGUGGUCGUCGGGUUGUAACAUUUCACAAUCAACGUGAUUUUGUAUUCUUUUGCCAUCACCGUUACAUUUUUGAAACCAAAGAAAGUAAGCAGGCUGCAUCCAGUGGCGAAAAGAGCAAGGAUAAUAACAAUGAAAAAAGUGAGCAGAAAGUAAUUGCGCGACUUCAGGAAUGUGGUCCUCGUUUCACAUUAAAGUUAAUCAGUCUACAACAUGGAACAUUUGAUUCAAAGGGUGGGGAAUAUGAGUGGGUCCACAAGCCGGAAAUGGAUACUAGUCGCAGAAGAUUUUUCUUGUGAGAGAAAUGUUGUACUACCGGGUGAAUAGGUUUUAGUUUUAAGUUAAGAACAAGGUAAAGUGUAGCUUCCUGCGAGGAACUUAGGUUAGGUAUGAGAUGUUGAUUUUACAAAUUGUGUAUACACAUUGGUUAUUUAUCAGGUUUAAUGCAAGUUUUGGAGAUUUCCAGUUUGGUGCUGGCU